AUGCCUAUCACCAACAAGGAGGCUGCUCCCGGUGCCGCCAUGAAGGCGGAGAUCGAGGACUACACCAAGGCCCUGGAGGUCGUGAAGACCUACCAGGCUCAGGAUGGUUUGGAUAUUGACACCCUGCUUGACUCCGACAAGCAUGGUGCUCUGACCUACAAUGACUUCCUCAUCCUGCCCGGAUACAUCGGUUUCCCCGCCUCCGAUGUUUCUCUGGAUACUCCUGUCACUAAGCGCAUCUCGCUGAAGGCUCCUCUUGUGUCCUCCCCCAUGGACACUGUCACUGAGCACAACAUGGCCAUCCACAUGGCUCUGCUCGGUGGUCUGGGUGUUAUCCACCACAACUGUGCCCCUGAGGACCAGGCCGAGAUGGUCCGCAAGGUUAAGAGAUAUGAGAACGGUUUCAUCCUUGACCCCGUCGUUCUCUCCCCCAAGGCCACCGUUGGCGAGGCCAAGGACCUGAAGGCCAAGUGGGGUUUCGGUGGUUUCCCCAACGGAACGCUUCGCUCCAAGCUCGUUGGUAUGGUCACUUCCCGUGACAUCCAGUUCCACAAGAACCUUGACGACCCUGUCACUGCCAUCAUGGCCACUGACCUGGUCACUGCCCCCGCUGGCACCACCCUGGCCGAGGCCAACGAGGUCCUUCGUCAGUCCAAGAAGGGCAAGCUGCCCAUCGUUGAUCAGGCCGGUAACAUUGUCUCUCUGCUGUCCCGCUCCGACUUGAUGAAGAACCUCCACUACCCCUUGGCCUCCAAGCUUCCCGACUCCAAACAGCUGAUAUGUGCUGCCUCUAUUGGUACUCGUGAGGAGGACAAGAACCGCCUUAAGCUCCUUGUUGAGGCUGGUCUGGACAUUGUUAUUCUGGACAGCAGCCAGGGUAACAGCAUGUACCAGAUUGAGAUGAUCAAGUACAUCAAGAAGACCAUGCCCGAGAUCGACGUUAUCGCUGGUAACGUUGUUACCCGCGAGCAGGCUGCUUCUCUGAUUGCCGCCGGUGCCGAUGGCCUGAGAAUUGGCAUGGGCAGCGGUAGCGCUUGUAUCACCCAGGAGGUCAUGGCCGUCGGUCGUCCCCAGGCCGCCGCCGUCCGCAGCGUCUCUUCCUUCGCUGCUCGCUUCGGCGUUCCCUGCAUUGCUGACGGUGGUGUCCAGAACGUUGGUCACAUCGUCAAGGGUCUGGCCAUGGGUGCUAGCACUGUCAUGAUGGGUGGUCUCCUUGCUGGUACUACCGAGUCCCCCGGCGAGUACUUCGUCAGCAACGAGGGCCAGCUCGUCAAGGCCUACCGUGGCAUGGGCUCCAUUGCCGCCAUGGAGGACAAGAAGGCUGGUGGCGCCGGCAAGGAUGGCAAGGCCUCCAACGCCGGUACUGCCCGCUACUUCUCUGAGAAGGACCGCGUCCUGGUCGCCCAGGGUGUCGCUGGUUCCGUUCUGGACCGUGGUUCUAUCACCAAAUUCAUCCCCUACCUCAUGGCCGGUGUUCAGCACUCUCUGCAGGAUAUGGGUGUUCCUAGCCUCCAGGCCUUGCACGACGGUGUCAACGAGGGCACUGUCCGCUUUGAGAUGCGCAGCGCCAGUGCUAUGGCCGAGGGUAACGUCCACGGUCUGCACAGCUACGACAAGAAGCUUUACUCGAUGCCACACGCAAAGGGAGAUGGCGAAAAGAAGAAGAAGAAGCCAGCUGUUCCUCGGCCGAGUUCCAGCGUAAUACUUGUCUCCCCAAAGAAUGAGAUUCUUCUUCUGCAUAGGGUGCAGACAUCCAGCUCCUUCGCCUCGGCGCAUGUCUUCCCUGGUGGAAAUCUAUCCAGUCAGGACGGUCCAUGUCCUCCUCCGGAAGACCAAGCUCGACACGAUGAUCUUCCUUCGUACCGACGUGCAGCUAUCAGGGAGUUGUUUGAAGAGAGCGGUAUUCUCCUUGCCAAGGACACGUCAUCUGGGAAGAUGCUUGUUGUCGAUGAAACAACGCGCGAGGAAGGACGACGGCUCAUUCACCAGAAUAAGAUCACAUUUGCCGACUGGCUGAAGCAACAACAUGCGGCAGCCGAGCCUGAUAUUGAUAAGUUGAUCCCAUUUACGCACUGGGUGACUCCGAUCAACAAUCCUAAACGCUACACAACCCAAAUGUACCUAUAUUUCAUGCCACUUCCAGUCAACGUGGACAAAAAACUACUUGAGGUACUCCCGGCCGAGGGAGAACGGGAAGAAAUCCAAGUUCCAACCAGUGAUGGCGGCGUUGAGGUCACCGAGGCGCAGUUUCUCCCAGCCUCUGAAUGGCUUCGUCGUGCGCAAAAGGGAGAGAUUAUUCUCUUCCCGCCGCAAUUUCUUUUGUUGCAUAUUACCACUGGCUUCCUUGACCGAGAGCCUCGAUUAGGUGCUUCGAUACAAGAAAUGGAGAAACGUCGAACGGCACUUACUGAGUUUGUGCACUCGGGGUCUCCGCCCUGGACGGACAAGUAUAUCUCGCCCAAGAUGCUCAAGAUAACCGAAGACGGGCGCGCUGUCUUAGCCUUGGACGAUGCUGGCCCUGAAUUAAAGGGAUCGGGUCGUCGUGGCGAGUCUGAUCGUGUUGUUCUAGUCCGAUUCACCAAGGGUAGUGCGAGAGAGGUGGAUGUGGCGUGGAAGAAAGAUGUCUUCCGAGAUGGGAAAGAGGAGCGGAGUAAUCUUUAG